CGGAUUUUCGAGAAAACACGAAAAGGCUUAACCCGACGGAAGGUGAAACUGAAUGUGAAAUUUAACGAUUUUAAAAUGAGUGAAGAUUUGAACAAUCCUGGAAGACCUGCAUAUAGAGCUGGUCGUAAACCCAUAGCUACCCGAGUUUAUACAAUUAACCAGGAGUCAAGAUAUUUGGUUGUAGAAAACGUUCCUGCACUCGGUUUAACAAAAGAACUUCUUGAAUUAUUUGCACUUUAUGGAACUAUAGAAGAGUAUCAAUAUCUUGAUGAUUAUCCAUGCGAAGAAUUCACUGAUGUUUAUUGGAUAAAAUUUCAAUCACUACCUCAAGCAAGAGUUGCGAAAAAGAAGGUUGAUGAUCACAUAUUCUUUAGUUCUAGUCUAAGAGUACGUUAUGGUCCAGAGUAUGAAACUAUUGAAGAUACUCGAGGAAAAUUACGAGAUAGACGUACUGUGAUUUCCAUUAAAACCAAUGAACAAAAAGAACACGAAAAUAAAAUACAUCAUCAAACAAAAUUGAAUGAUUCUUCUCGGUCAUUAACAUCAAUUCCUGUUAUUUAUCCUCAACCUGAUUCAUCCGCUUAUUAUAAUUAUUAUGAUUAUAAUUAUUAUAAUUAUCCUUAUUCAGCUCAAAGUCAAGAACCGCCAAUACCUGGAGUUGGAUAUCCGUCUUCAUUCUCAACAAGUUUUACUCCCACGUCUUAUAAAUACCAUACCGAUCCAAAUUCUUCAAUGUCUUCUACAGUUAACACAAUACGACAGAGAAUCAAUGAUGCUUCAAAAGUUUCUUCCGACAAAGACAAAGGUAAUGUAAAUCAGAUAUCGACAGACAGUUCAAUAAAAUCUACACAUACCACUACUCCCACUAAACGUAGAAGAAUAUAAAUAAAUAUAUUAUGGAUAAGUUAUUUAAAUAAUAAUUUAUACAUCAUAAAAAAUUUUUGCUUAACGUUAAGGAACAAAGUUAUAUUAAUAUUUAUUAG